CUGCAGCCGAGAGGACGCGGCUGGGAUACGAAGAAUCUGUGAAUGAGGAAUUCAGACAGGGCAUAAGAUGGUGACUCUUCUCUGCCCCACAAAAUCUGCUUGUUCAGCUGGGCAUGGAACCCUUGGGGGCUGGAGGUUCCACAUCCAAGAGUGCUUGUUCAUAUGUUUAUUGACUGAAGACUGGGUUCAGAAUGUUGAUGACAGCACUUGAACAAUUCCUCCUGAUGGCUUAGGCUUUUUGCGGCAUGUUAGCUGUGUUCUGAAAGAAAGCAUCCUAUGAGGAACUCUGUAAACGCAAGUCUCAAGACUCCUUACCCACCAGAUUCAAGAGAGAUGACAUUGAUCCUCCCACUCCUGAUGAUCUUGUGUGGACAGUAAUGACCUCACGUUUCCGGUUGCCUGCUGGCAGAACCUACAAUGUACGAGCAUCAGAGUUGGCCCGAGACAGACAGCAUACAGAGGUGGUUUGCAACAUUCUUCUUCUGGAUAACACUGUACAGGCUUUCAAAGUUAAUAAACAUGAUCAGGGGCAAGUUCUGUUGGAUAUAGUCUUCAAGCAUCUUGAUUUGACCGAGCGAGACUAUUUUGGUUUACAGUUGACUGAGGAUUCCACAGAUAAUCCAAGGUGGCUGGAUCCAAACAAACCAAUAAGGAAGCAGCUAAAGAGAGGAUCUCCUUACAGUUUGAACUUUAGAGUCAAAUUUUUUGUAAGUGACCCCAACAAGUUACAAGAAGAAUAUACAAGGUACCAGUAUUUUUUGCAAAUUAAACAAGACAUUCUUACUGGAAGAUUACCCUGUCCUUAUAAUACUGCUGCCCUCUUAGCUUCAUUUGCUGUUCAGUCUGAACUUGGAGACUACAAUCAGUCAGAGAACUUGCCAGGCUACCUCUCAGAUUAUUCUUUCAUUCCUAAUCAACCUCAAGAUUUUGAAAAGGAAAUUGCAAAAUUGCAUCAGCAACAUAUAGGCUUAAGUCCUGCAGAAGCAGAAUUUAAUUAUCUAAACACAGCACGUACCUUAGAACUGUAUGGAGUUGAAUUCCACUAUGCAAGGGAUCAAAGUAACAAUGAAAUUAUGAUCGGAGUGAUGUCAGGAGGAAUUCUGAUUUAUAAGAACAGGGUACGAAUGAAUACCUUUCCAUGGUUGAAGAUUGUAAAAAUUUCAUUUAAAUGCAAACAGUUUUUUAUUCAGCUUAGAAAAGAAUUGCAUGAAUCUAGAGAAACAUUAUUGGGAUUCAAUAUGGUGAAUUACCGAGCAUGUAAAAAUUUAUGGAAAGCAUGUGUAGAACAUCACACAUUCUUCCGUUUGGACAGACCGCUUCCACCUCAAAAGAAUUUUUUUGCACAUUAUUUUACAUUAGGUUCAAAAUUCCGGUACUGUGGGAGAACUGAAGUCCAAUCAGUUCAGUAUGGCAAAGAAAAGGCAAAUAAAGACAGGGUAUUUGCAAGAUCCCCAAGUAAGCCCUUAGCACGAAAAUUAAUGGAUUGGGAAGUAGUAAGCAGAAACUCAAUAUCUGAUGACAGAUUAGAAACACAAAGCCUUCCAUCACGGUCUCCACCUGGAACUCCUAAUCAUCGAAAUUCUGCGUUCACGCAAGAGGGAACCCGGUUACGACCGUCUUCAGUUGGCCAUUUGGUAGACCAUGUGGUUCAUACUUCCCCAAGUGAAAUUUCUGUGAAUCAGCGAUCUCCAUCUUCAACACAGGCCAACAGCAUUGUUCUGGAAUCAUCGCCAUCACAAGAGACCCCUGAAGAUGGACAGCCUCCAGCUUUACCACCAAAACAAUCUAAGAAAAAUAGUUGGAACCAAAUUCAUUAUUCGCAUUCCCAACAAGAUCUGGAAAACCAUAUUAGUGAAACAUUUGAUGUCCCAUCUUCCCCUGAAAAGUCUACUCCGAAUGGUGGUAUUCCACAUGAUAAUCUUGUUCUCAUCAGAAUGAAACCUGAUGAAAAUGGAAGGUUUGGAUUCAAUGUAAAGGGAGGUUAUGAUCAGAAAAUGCCUGUGAUUGUGUCCCGAGUAGCACCAGGAACACCUGCUGACCUCUGUGUCCCUCGAUUGAAUGAAGGGGACCAAGUUGUACUCAUCAAUGGUCGAGACAUUGCAGAACAUACUCACGAUCAGGUGGUCCUGUUCAUUAAAGCUAGCUGUGAGAGACAUUCUGGGGAGCUCGUGCUGCUUGUGAGACCUAACGCUGUAUAUGAUGUAGUGGAAGAAAAGCUGGAAAAUGAACCAGACUUCCAGUACAUUCCUGAGAAAGCCCCACUGGAUAGUGUCCAUCAGGAUGACCAUUCCCUACGGGAGUCAAUGCUGCAGCUGGCUGAGGGGCUUAUCACUGGAACAGUCCUGACACAGUUUGAUCAACUAUAUCGGAAAAAACCUGGAAUGACAAUGUGUUGUGCCAAAUUACCUCAGAACAUUUCCAAAAAUAGAUACAGAGAUAUUUCGCCUUAUGAUGCUACACGGGUUAUUUUAAAAGGUAGUGAAGACUACAUCAAUGCAAACUAUAUAAAUAUGGAAAUUCCUUCUUCAAGCAUUAUCAAUCAGUACAUUGCUUGCCAAGGGCCUUUACCACACACUUGUACAGAUUUUUGGCAGAUGACCUGGGAACAAGGCUCCUCCAUGGUUGUUAUGUUGACCACACAAGUAGAACGUGGCAGAGUUAAAUGUCACCAAUAUUGGCCAGAACCCACAGGAAGUUCAUCCUAUGGAUGCUACCAAGUCACCUGCCACUCAGAAGAAGGGAACACUGCCUAUGUCUUCAGGAAGAUGACCCUACUUAACCAAGAGAAAAAUGAGAGUCGUCAACUCACUCAGAUCCAGUACAUAGCCUGGCCUGACCAUGGAGUUCCUGAUGAUUCAAGUGACUUUCUGGAUUUUGUUUGUCAUGUCCGAAAUAGUAGGGCUGGCAAGGAAGAACCUGUUGUUGUCCAUUGCAGUGCUGGAAUUGGAAGAACAGGGGUUCUUAUUACUAUGGAAACAGCCAUGUGUCUCAUUGAAUGCAAUCAGCCAGUUUAUCCACUAGACAUUGUAAGAACAAUGAGAGAUCAACGAGCCAUGAUGAUCCAAACACCUAGUCAAUACAGAUUUGUGUGUGAAGCUAUUUUGAAGGUUUAUGAAGAAGGCUUUGUUAAACCCUUAACAACAUCAUCACAUAAAUGAGAAAGCAGAAGGUCUGGGAUGUGUAUUGGAAAACUGCUCUGCAGUGUAGUCACUGUGCCGUGGUACUGCUCACAGGAAAUGGCAUCUAACAAAGACAAAAUGAAGAACUCAGAAAACUGAAAAUUUCAGCACUGUUGCACUUUAUGUUUAAAAAAUGUCACUCUUUCAAAAUCUGUAACUCAUGUGUUUGAAGACUAUUUCAUGCUUUGCUCCGAACAAAUAGUGAAUAACUGAGUAUGUUCAGGGUAACGUGUGAAACGCUGUGGUGGUGCCAUGCAGUCCCUUUCUAGUAGAAUCGCCACAAACAAGGCUGAGAAUUCUCAUCUCUGUCAUGCACCUGAAUCUUGAAAGCAAAAAGAAGUAAGCGUCAGCAGUCAGCUCUGGUCUUUCCCAGCAGUUCAUGGACUGCACUGAUUACCAGAUUUUCUUUUUCAAAUGUUAGCAAUAUCAUUCUCAACAUUAGCCAGUACACUGCCUAUGGAUGCAGCACGUCUUUCCCUGCGCGGCCCCUGUAGAGACCUGCUGUUCAGAAGAAGGGUGGAGUUUGCUGUUCCCAGGAAAUGCUGCACAUUGUCCAUUUACCAGCAUCUUACAGAAAGCAUAAAUACGAAUCUACAGAUUUUCUUGGAUUUAGUAAUGUAACCUAUAUUUACCAUAAGGUUGGCUUAUUCCAAAUCAUGUGAUUUCACAUACUUGAUGUAAAGGAAUGCAUGCAUGUGUCUUAACCCCUUAAGUGCCUUGAGACGUCUUUGUAUGUCUAAUGAAAAGGCACUCAUUUGACCCUACUAGGAGGUAUGUGUGUAUAUUGUACAUUCUGACAUUUUUAUGCAUUUUGAGUAAGUUCACAUUUUUAAAAACAGCUUCUUGUAUUGAGAGUUAUGCAGUCAAAGAAGGGAAAGGAAAUUCUACUUCUUAUUCAGUACUUGUAUUUUGCCAUAAGAAGCAAAGAUAAUUGUGCUACUGAGUGUGCGCUCUGCUGCUAUGGAAUUGUUCAAAAUCGGCACAUUCCUUUACUAAGGGACAGGGAUUACAGUUUAGCAGCUCAACUUAAAAAGAUGCUUUACUCGAAUUUCAUAUUUAUUUUAGUCCCAAGUUUGGAAAUGACAUCUAACUUGCAUAUGACAGUUAAACUUUUGGUACUCUGAGCUAAAGUUAGAGAAUGACUACUUAAUUGUGAUUCAUUCCUAUCCAAAGCCAAAUUAUUACUCUGCAGCACUCAUGUCUGUUACAGUCACCGUUCUUCACACUGGCCUAUAGCUUGGGAUUCAGUAACUGAGAAAUGAAACAUGACGGAAUACUUUAUCAUGUUCAUCCUUCAAUAACUAAAAUUAAGGUUUUCUUGUCAUUGUUGUGUAUGAUUAAAUUACUCCAGUUUUUAUAUAGAUAGAUAGAUAGAUAACUUACUAAGUUAUGAGCAUGUUGAUAAAGAGACUCUGAUUGUCCAGCGUGAUCGAGGAUCUGCUGAACAAGGCUCUGGUUCCUGUUAAGGAUGUGGAUAUUUUCCUCCUCAGGUUUUUUCUUUUUAAGUCUCCAGAGAGGACUUUUGCAUUGCCCAGUUUGAUCGCCCAGUCAAACGUAACUUACACAAUCAUUUUACGUGGAUUGUGUUUAAAAUAGAUUGAUUUUUCUAGUGGUUCCUGAAUAUUUCUAUAUAGUCCUGACAAAGUUUAGAAUGAAAUGGUAGAUAUAGAUAUUUUGCAAUGCUUUUUCGUAUGAGGCAAAAAAAAAGUACACUAAUAGGUCUUCAGUGUAAUCUAAAUUAUGUCACUUCACAUAUUUAAAAUCCAUAAUAAAAUAUUUCAGGAAGUUAAGCUCCUAAACAUUAAUAGCCAAGAUACCAAUACCAGAUAAGCUAUUAUUUUGUCUUUUUUAAAGAAGUAAACAUAAAAUUCUAUUACCUAUUUCUUCAUUUCACAAUCAAUACAGUACAGUAAAUUAAUUAUAGUCUUAUUUGAACAUACCAUUGUCUACCAACAGAUAAAUGUAAUUUAGGCUGCUGUAAACUGGCAAGUUGAAAAGUGAACAAGUAAAUUAUGUUGAGGGCCUACAUAUUAAGUAACUGUUUUGGCAGUGUUUCAUCUAAAUUCAGUAUCUGUACCUGAGUGACAGAACGCGACAGCCAGAGGUAGAAAGAUGGCAGUGGUGUAGGAGGCAGCAGGUGGAUGGCAUGAGUGGCCUGCUUUUCCAUUUAGGGCUGUGUUUACCCUGCUAAGGGCAACUCAAACUGCUGGCAGUGAAUCAUUAAUGCCUGUCUUUAAAUGACCGUGUAGUAGAAGUUUAGACAAUUUAAAUAUCUCAUGCGUGGAUUUCUCAACCCAGAGCCACUUCUCUCUCAGUAUUUUUAUGUACAGAAAAAAAUCCUUUUUUAGAAGUAUAUUAGGAUCUUAAAUUUAAAAUAAAUUAUCCUUCACAACUUCUUAAAAUGAACGUGCUAUGCUUCCAUAAGAUUGCAUCUGUUACCACUAGGAGGUUUCUCACCUGUUUCUCAGUUUAAAUUGGUUUCUAGAACUAAUCCUGGCUUUCAUACACAACGUGCUUCUGGACUCCACCUUUGCCAGUGUACUGUUGUGUAAUAAAGUGCCAGGCUUUCUAGGUCUGGGCUGCUCGCUGCUCUUCCAACUGCCCCUUCCGCCUCAACCCUGGUAACCCCAACUCACGCAGGAAGUCAGUGCUAACUUUCAUUCUGAGAAGUGGAAAUCAGUACCGGGUAAUCAAGGAGCUUUUGUCGAUUCUAAGAAAUGUUUGGGGAACCUUCCCCCUGAUUUAAGCUGGUUUUUUUUUUUUGGUUCCGACUGAACAUUUGAUUUCUGUCAGCACUGUGUGGCUAGGACAAGGGACAUUUUGGAUUAGACUUUACAUUCACAAGAAGAAGAAUUGGUUGUAUUUGUUAAACCACUGAUUGCAUUCAAAUUGAAGCAGAGUAAACAGUCUGCAAAAUAACUUUUGUCUGAUCUGCUAGGACGGGUUGGGGGGAGGGUUGAUUUUGAUUAAGAGUGAAGAGGACAUUUAUUAUUAUUAUAUGAAAACUAACUGCAAAUAAAAUGGUAUAUAAAGCCAUUAAGGAAGUUGCUUGAAGGUGUCAACUAAUAUAUAUAUUAAUAUAUAUAUAAAUACUUCAGUGCAUUUAUUUAUGUGUGUUUUCACAAAGCCAUGUGACCACAGAGAAACAGGAUUAUUUUAACUACAGGAUCUGAUCAAGUCUAAUCAGAUAUCUGUGCAAAAGUCUCCAGUCUCCUGUCUCCACUACAAGUACUGCAACUUUGGAGCUAAAAGGAACUUGAAAGAUUUUAUGCAAUAUCCACUCCCCUGACUGCUGCAGGCCAGAACCAGAGGUCCUGCAAUGGUAAUUGAUUUAGCAGUCUGGUCUUCUACAAUCUGUUUCCUCAUUCUCAGUGUAGUGUUUUUUGUAUUAUACUAGACCCUCAGUAAAUUAUAGCCUAGUUAAUAUCAAAUUGUGAAUUUUAGUCUCUUUCAGCUUGAGAAACAUACUCUGGCAGUGUUCUCACUUCAUAACCAUGACCUUAGAGGAUAUCACGUAAGUUAGAAAUAAGUAGACUUCAAAAGUGUCCCCAAUUAGGACCCUGAUUCAGUGUGCCAGUCAUGCUUCCCUGACAAGACAUAGGCUUUUGUAAAGUGUUUAGGCCAACACACACGCAGCAAUGAAAACAUUCUCGACUCGUUAGAAGACUAGCUUUUAAAAGCACUUAAAACAUAGACUUAGAAUAUGUGUCCAACUUAACAUGAGGUCGUUUCUGCUCAUAAUAUGAACAUGGAGUAGAAUUAAAGCAUUACUUGUUUCAUGAUCUUAGCAGGAGAGGAGAAGGAAACAUGAAUUUGUAACAGUGCUAUUUAAUAUCUGCAUUUUUAAUAUUUAAAAUAUUCUAAUGGUAAGGUUGCCAAAGUGGUUUUGAAUUCACAAAAAAUAUUUAUACCACAAUAAUGUGAGGAGUGUUUACCGGCUCUUUUGUUUUUUAGUAAUUAUUUUGUAGUACAGGUGAAUUUGCAUUGAAGUCACUUGUAGUAAAUACUUUAUGGUGAAUAUUUGUUGAGAUAAACUUCUCAGUAAUAUGAUAAGACAUAGAUAAAUGAUGCCACUGCCUGCUUUUAUGUAAGCUACCGCAUCAAGAGAAUAAAUACUUUUGUCUUGGUGUUGCUUACCACCCACAUUCGUUUCAGCUAUCCUACCACAAUUUCUAGAACCAUGUUUCUGUGGUGCUUACAAUAAGUGAAAUAGCUGUGUUAUUUAAAACCAACUGGAUUAAUUUUACCAAAUAUCAGAAUAGUUGAUCUAUUGGCAAAGACUUAUUGGUGUCUUGAUGUGAUCACAAUUCACAUUGUAGCAACUGUUUUAUAAAAUUCCUAGAGAAUUAUAUAUAUAUAUAAAGUAAUUUACAUAAUCC